UGGGAAGGAAGUUGGAGCUGUGCGUCCUGGAAGAGGCUGUAGCGGUGCGUCCUGUCCCGGAGGAGCUGGGUCGGUGCGUCCCGGGGUUCGGUCUGUGCGUCCCGGCCUGGAGGAGCUGGAUCUGUGCGUCCUGAGCCCACCUUUCACCGUCUGAAGGAAACACACCGUGUGUGUGCCGACUGGAACUGAACAUGGACGACGGGAAGCCGGUGUGGGCGCCGCACCCCACGGAGGGCUUCCAGCUGGGAACCAUCGCCGACAUCGGAGCUGAAACACUCAGCAUCGAACCUCUGAACCAGAGGGGCAAGACCUUCCUCGCCCCGAUGAGCCAGGUCUUCCCUGCAGAGGACGACGUCAACAAGCAUGUGGAUGACAACUGUUCCCUCAUGUACUUGAACGAAGCCACUCUUCUCAACAACGUCCGAGUGCGGUACAACAAAGACCACAUCUACACGUACGUGGCGAACAUCCUGAUCGCCGUCAACCCUUACUUCGACAUCCCCAAGCUGUACGGGCCCGACGCCAUCCGCUCGUACCAGGGCCGGUCUCUGGGCACGCUGCCGCCGCACGUCUACGCCAUCGCGGACAAAGCCUACAGAGACAUGAAGGUGUUGAAGAUGAGUCAGUCCAUCAUCGUUUCUGGUGAAUCUGGAGCUGGAAAGACUGAAAACACCAAGUUUGUUCUCAGAUAUCUGACGACGACCUACGGGAGUGGUCAAGACAUUGACGAGAGAAUCGUAGAAGCAAACCCACUUCUCGAGGCGUUUGGAAAUGCGAAAACAGUCCGGAAUAACAACAGCAGUCGCUUUGGGAAGUUUGUUGAAAUCCACUUCAAUGAGAAGAACGCCGUGGUGGGAGGAUUCGUCUCCCACUACCUGCUGGAGAAGUCCAGGAUCUGCAUGCAGAGCAACGAGGAGAGGAACUACCACAUCUUCUACCGGCUCUGCGCCGGAGCGUCCGAGGACCUGAAGAAGACCCUGCACCUGGACUCCCCAGACAGCUUCAGGUACCUGAACCGGGGGUGCACCAGAUACUUCGCCAGCAAAGACUCAGACAAACAGAUCAUGCUGAACCGCAAGAGUCCCGAGGACAACAAGCACGUGAAGACGGGCGCUCUGAAGGACCCCCUGCUGGACGACCAGGGGGACUUCACCAGGAUGUGCGGAGCCAUGAGGAAGAUCGGUCUGGACGACACCGAGAAGCUGGACCUGUUCCGGGUGGUGGCGGGGGUCUUACACCUGGGAAACCUGGACUUUGAGGAGACGGGGAGCUCCUCAGGAGGCUGCAUCCUGAAGAACCAGUCGGACCAGACCCUGGCCCACUGCGCCCACCUGCUGGGCCUGGACCAGGACGACCUGCGGGUCAGCCUCACCACCAGAGUCAUGCUCACCACAGCAGGGGGCGCCAAAGGCACAGUCAUCAAGGUCCCUCUGAAGGUGGAGCAGGCCAACAACGCCCGCGACGCCCUGGCCAAGGCGGUGUACAGCCGCCUCUUCGACCACGUGGUCAAGCGUGUGAACCAGUGCUUCCCGUUCCAGACGUCCUCCAACUUCAUCGGCGUGCUGGACAUCGCCGGGUUCGAGUAUUUCGAACAUAACAGCUUUGAGCAGUUCUGCAUCAACUACUGCAACGAGAAGCUGCAGCAGUUCUUCAACGAGCGCAUCCUGAAGGAGGAGCAGGAGCUGUAUCAGAGGGAGGGGCUGGGCGUGAGCGAGGUGCACUAUGUGGACAACCAGGACUGCAUCGACCUGGUGGAGGCCCGGCUGGUGGGCGUUCUGGACAUCUUGGAUGAGGAGAACCGUCUCCCUCAGCCCAGCGACCAGCACUUCGCUCUGGCGGUUCACAGCAAACACAAGGAGCACUUCAGGCUGACGGUUCCCAGGAAGUCCAAGCUGGCGGUUCACCGGAACCUCCGGGACGACGAGGGCUUCAUCGUCCGACACUUCGCCGGAGCGGUCUGCUACGAGACGACUCGCUUCGUGGAGAAGAAUAACGACGCCCUCCACAUGUCCCUGGAGAGCCUGGUGUGUGAGUCUAAAGACAGGUUUGUCCGCGAGCUGUUCGAGACCUCCAGCACGUCCCGGGACUCCAAGCAGAAGGCGGGGAAGCUGAGCUUCAUCAGCGUGGGCAACAAGUUCAAGACGCAGCUGAACCUGCUGCUGGAGAAGCUGCGCAGCACGGGCUCCAGCUUCAUCCGCUGCGUGAAGCCCAACCUGAAGAUGGUCAGCCACCAGUUCGAAGGCGCUCUGAUUCUGUCGCAGCUGCAGUGCUCAGGCAUGGUGUCGGUGCUGGACCUGAUGCAGGGGGGGUUUCCCUCCAGGGCUCCGUUCCAUGAGCUCUACAACAUGUACCAGCAGUACAUGCCUGACAAGCUGACGCGCCUCAGUCCGCGGCUCUUCUGCAAGGCUCUGUUCAAGGCUCUGGGACUGAACGACAUGGACUUCAAGUUUGGACUGACCAGAGUGUUCUUCCGGCCCGGGAAGUUUGCAGAAUUUGACCAGAUCAUGAAGUCGGACCCGGACCACCUGGCCGAGCUGCUGCAGAAGGUCAACAAGUGGCUGGUGUGCAGCCGCUGGAAGAAGGUCCAGUGGUGCAGCCUGUCGGUCAUCAAACUGAGGAACAAGAUGAGCUACAGAGCCUUGGCCUGCGUCAAGAUUCAGAAGACCGUGCGCAUGUGGCUGUGCAAGAAGAAGCAUAAGCCCCGAAUUGAUGGUUUGGUGAAGGUCCGAAACCUGAAGAAGCACAUGGAGCGGUUCAACGAGGUGGUGAACGGGCUGAAGGAGGGCAAACAGGAGAUGGCCAAGCAAGUCCAGGAGCUGGCGUCCGCCAUCGACGCUCUGCUGCUGAGGAUCAAGGCCUCCGUCAUGACCUGGAAGCAGAUCGACUCGGAGUACCAGGGGCUGGUGAGACGCUCCGAGCAGCUGCUGUCCAACAUGCAGAAGAAGAAGCAGGAGGAGGAAGAGAGCGAGAGGCUCAAACACAUCGAGGAGGAGAUGGAGAAGGAGAGGAGGAGGAGGGAGAAAGAGGAGCAACGACGCAAGCAGGACGAGGAGGAGAGGAAGCUGAAAGCAGAGAUGGAGCUGAAAAGAAAGCAGGAGGAAGAGGACAGAAAAAAGAGGAUGGAGGAGGAGAAAGUCAUGCAGGCGGAGCUGGAGCUGCAGCUGGCGGUGGAGCGGGAGGAGCAGGCCCAGCGAGCGGCCGUCCAGGAGCAGGAGAGGAGAGACCGGGAGUUGGCCAUGAGGAUCGCUCAGAGUGAAGCCGAGCUCAUCACGGAGGACGGACAGAUGGACGCCGGCCUGCGCAGGGGUCCUCAGGUCCAGGCGACCAAGGCUGCCGCCGGCGUGAAAAAGUACGACCUGAGCAAGUGGAAGUACGCCGAGCUGCGGGACGUCAUCAACACCUCCUGCGACAUCGAGCUGCUGGCCGCCUGCAGAGAGGAGUUCCACCGCCGUCUGAAGGUCUACCACGCCUGGAAGUCCAAGAACAAGAAGCGCACCGACGACGGCAGCGAUCUGAGAGCUCCCAAGUCCAUCACCGACUACGCCGAGCAGAACCCGGCUCCGCCCCCCACCGCCCAGCCGCAGGAAGUCACCAUGAACCGCCAGCAGCGCUACUUCCGCAUCCCCUUCAUCCGGCCCGCCGACCAGUACAAGGACCCCCAGAACAAGAAGAAGGGCUGGUGGUACGCCCACUUCGACGGGCCGUGGAUCGCCCGGCAGAUGGAGCUGCACCCGGACAAGCGGCCCAUCGUGCUGGUGGCAGGGAAAGACGACAUGGAGAUGUGCGAGCUGAGCCUGGAGGAGACGGGUCUGACCAGGAAGCGGGGCGCCGAGAUCCUGCCGCGGCAGUUCGAGGAGAUCUGGGAGCGCUGCGACGGGAUCCAGUACCUGAAGAAGGCCAUCGAGAGCAAGCAGGCCCGGCCCACGUACGCCACGGCCAUGCUGCAGAGCCUGCUCAAGUGACCCGGGACGCACACACACACACACACACACACACACACACACACACACACACACACACACACACCUACGUCUCCAUAACGUCUAGUUUCUUAGCUUCUUUUUUUAACGGUUCCUUGACAUCGUGCUGUUUGUUCGUGUUUUAAUGUGUGUGUGACUAAAAACAUCCGCCAUGAUGCCUUAAACCAAGACAGAAGCCUUUUCACACCUGAGCCUCCAGCCUUAAAGGUGUGUGAAAGACAGAAAGACCACAGUGAAGUCUUUUAAUGGAGCAAAGUCUCACACUUCAUCUCAGCUUCUGUUUAACGACGAUUAUUGUGAAUUAGAAUGAGACCAAUAUGGAUGUUUUGGGCCAAUGCCUCAAAAACUCCAAUAACAGACCAGGUUUUAGUGAUGGGAUAACAGAACGACAUGAUCAGGUCAGUCAACAUGUCAGUCAGUAAUGGCGGUGUGCGUCGACGCGUCACAUCCAAGAUGGCGGUGUCCGGUCAGCGUGGCAGCAGUGAUCUGUUCUC